GGAGAGACAGUAUUAUUGGAACACACACAAGACAAUUUUGUGAAGAAAGAGGAGAGACAGUAUUAUUGGAACACACACAAGACAAUUUUGUGAAGAAAGAGGAGAGACAGGAUUAUUGGAACACACACAGGACAAUUUUGUGAAGAAAGAGGAGAGACUAUUAUUGGAACACACACAAGACAAUUUUGUGAAGAAAGAGGAGAGACUGUUUGGUUGGAACACACACAAGACAAUUUUGUGAGGAAACAGGAGAGACAGUUUUGUUGGAACACACACAAGACAAUUUUGUGAAGAAAGAGGAGAAACAGUUUUGUUGGAACACAAACACACACACACACACAAGAAGACAGUUUGUGAGUUCUCUGUCGCUGCUGGUAGUUUCUUGAGGCUGACUUCAUUGAGACGAGGACAUGGAGGUGGCGAUGGUGAGUGUGGAAGGGAGCGGGUGUAACACCCACCCGCCUUACGGUUACGCCCAGCGCCUCGCCAAUUCCCGAGCGGCCGCCGCCGCCAACAGCUGCCACCAAGCGGCGGCGGGAGCGGGAGUAGGCGGCCGGGAUCCCACCCCGUGCAACCACAACAACGGGGGCAGGAGGUGGCGGAGAGGGGGCCGGCAGCAGCGGAAGAAGAGAGGGGAGACCAGGAGGAGGCGGGAUCGGCCGGGAGAGAUCGGUUCGCGCCUCCGGUUGGAUGAGGAGGAGGAAGAGGAGGAGGAGGGAAGACGGGAGGAGGGGCGGAGGGAAGAGGAGGAGGAGGUGGGAGAGGAGGAGGAGGAGGGGGAUGGUCCUGAGUGCAGCCGCCGUCCUCACUGCGAUUCCCCGCACCGUUACCGGACCAUGGACGGAGAGGGGACGCCUUGGGCGGCGGAGGGGCCGGGCGGAGAUUACGGAGGAGCAGCGUGUUGCGAGCGGGUGGUCAUUAACGUGUCGGGUUUACGGUUCGAGACCCAGGCUCGGACCCUGGGCCAGUUCCCGGACACUCUGCUGGGCGACCCGGGCCGCCGCAUGGGCUACUUCGACCCGCUCAGGAACGAGUACUUUUUUGACCGCAACCGGCCGAGUUUCGACGCGAUUCUGUACUAUUACCAGUCGGGAGGGAGGCUCAAGAGACCGGCCAACGUGCCGUUCGACAUCUUCUGUGAGGAGGUCAAGUUCUACGAGCUGGGGGAGGAGGCGACCCUCAAGUUCCGAGAGGAAGAGGGUCUGGUCAAAGAGGCUGAGAGACCCUUACCUGAGGAUGAGUUCAAACGCCAGGUCUGGCUCCUCUUUGAGUACCCGGAGAGUUCGAGUCCCGCCCGGGGUAUCGCCAUUGUCUCGGUCUUGGUCAUCCUCAUCUCCAUCGUCAUCUUCUGCCUGGAGACCCUCCCCGAAUUCCGGGACGAGGACUUCCCGCCCGAUUUUAGCGGCUCUCCCGCCAACCAGACCCGGCGGCCGGCGGGCUGGCCCCUGGCCUCCACUUUCGGAGACCCCUUCUUCAUCGUGGAGACGGUGUGCAUCGUGUGGUUCUCCUUCGAGCUGCUGGUGCGUUUCUUCGCCUGCCCCAGCAAGCCCGCCUUCUUCCGCGACCUCAUGAACACCAUCGACGUGGUCUCCAUCGUGCCGUACUUCAUCACGCUCGGCACCGACCUGGCGCAUCGGCAGACGAACGGGCAGCAGGCCAUGUCGUUCGCCAUCCUGCGGACCAUCCGCCUGGUGCGGGUCUUCCGCAUCUUCAAGCUGUCGCGGCACUCCAAGGGCCUGCAGAUCCUGGGCCACACGCUGAGGGCCAGCAUGAGGGAGCUGGGUCUCCUCAUCUUCUUCCUCUUCAUCGGCGUGGUCCUCUUCUCCAGCGCCGUCUACUUCGCCGAGGCCGACGACCCCAAGUCGCAGUUCACCAGCAUCCCGGACGCUUUCUGGUGGGCGGUGGUCACCAUGACCACGGUGGGCUACGGGGACAUGAAGCCCAUCACGGUGGGCGGCAAGAUCGUGGGCUCCCUGUGCGCCAUCGCCGGGGUGCUCACCAUCGCCCUCCCGGUCCCCGUUAUCGUCUCCAACUUCAACUACUUCUACCACCGGGAGACCGAGAGCGAGGAGCAAGCUCCGGCGUCGGCCACAGCUCCCACCAGUUGCCCUUCGCUUCUCCGCAAGCUCCGGCGACCCUCCUGCUCCUCUUCGUCGUUAGGCGCUAAGUCGGACUAUAUGGAGAUGGACGAGAGUCUCCGCGAGUCCCUGUGCCUUAAAUCCAAAGGCAACGGCAAAGAGAGCGCCAAACCCAACGCCUUGCACCUCAAAGCGGUGGAGACCGACGUGUGAGCACCGCUUGGGCGCUUCAGAUUCCCUUUAUCACCCUAUUUUUUUUAGGAAAAAUAAAAGAGAGAAAAUUGUUGUCAAGGCACGGUGCUCUCUCUCUCCCCCCUUGUUCAGUGCUUCAGCAGCGGCGCACAGAGACUGCAGUGAACUCCACAAUCUAACGGGAAAAGUUUCUCUCUCAUUGUAGACUGAAAACAAAAACACACACAAACAAACAAAAAUAAAGCAAAGUCCGCGUCGGGGCGGUGCAUGCGAACAGGAGAGACACCAUAAAGACCGCCGUGCCCCGUGGCUGGAGAAAUCAUCUUUCUUUUUGCACUGUGUCCGCUCUCAGACGGAGAUCAAAACAAAAAAAAACACAUAUUAAAGUUUUUGACACUUUAUCGGCGGAUUGAGAAUGCAUGUGGCAACCAGGCUCCUGAGCUCAAACCCAGGACACGCUUCCUAAUUUCGUGUGGGGUCGUUAGCCUUUUUCUUUUACACCGCGACUUCCCAGUGAUAUAUCCCAAAAUCACGAGUCAUGCCUCUUUUUAUAACUCUUCGUUAAAGAUAGCCCCAAGUCAGUUUCAACAGUGUAGGGCAUCACCGGAAAGCUGCUGAAGGGCUCAAACAUUUUAAAUCUGGCCUUUCUGCUUUUCAUCAGGAGAGUACAGUCUACGAUCGAGUCAAACUGUUGGUACUCGCCCAAGGAAAUUAUCACGCUACACAGCCUUUCUUUAACUAAAGCCAAAACUGAAAUUAUGACAAAUCUGUUUCGGUACUUUAAAUUAAUCUGGACUCAGCAUUGAUAAAGCACUCAAAAAAAACUUUUAGUCAAAGAAAGGAAUUUUAACAAAAUAAAACGUUUGACAGGGAAAGGCUAACUUCCGACCGGCAGUAACUGAUAAGCAGGUGGCGGGUUAGUCACACGAACAAAACCAAUUCGGCAGAUAGCAGUUAGGAUGGCAGCCAGAUUGAUAAGGAGAGGAACACAGCGAAAGAAGCUGAACUUGUGUCGAGCGCCUGUUCAGAAGCAGCCUCCAGAUUUCUCAAAAGUUGGAGUGAGUCACUUUCAGAGCCCAGUUUGGGGAGGGUGGCAGGUAACAUUUAAGUAUAACAUCAACCCAUCAGAAAUGGGAAGAACACUGUUGAAUUUUCCUAAACCUAUUGACGUGUGGCUGUGGUUUCGAGUUAAGUAACCCUGUUAUACACAACUUGGCUUUUUGCACUUUUAUUCCUGGUCUGUCCACACAAAAAAAAAUCAGAACUGUGAACUUUUGAGAACUUUUUCUUUUCUCCUAACCACCCUCCCCCAUACUGUGAAAGAUUGUCAAAGACUCGAAUGAUCGACAAUCAUCGGAGGUGACUUCAGGCCACAUUCACAGAAUGCAGUGAAAACCACGACAACAAAAAAGAAACAAAUGCAACGAGACUGUAGCGAAAGUUGAAUGUGCACUUUUCAGAAAACUUGCUUUUGCGGCAUCCUCGCCUCAGCCGGAAGCACAGACUUUCUUUCUACUAAGGAGAUAAAAAGUCUAGCGGGGGUAACUGGUCAAUUAUUGUUACGUUUCCUUGUCCAGACGAGCUGAAAUGAAUGCAGUUGCACUUUGCGAAUGUAGAUAGCGGUCAAUCAAGUGGACAUUAAAUAUCGCGAACGAUGGCUCUUAGUGUUUUCCUCCUGGAAUGUAGGUUGUCUGAAAUGAUCGGAGCACGUGGGAGUACAACAGCCCUCGCUCUGAAAGCAUAUGUUGUGGAUUUAAAAAAAUAUAUAGAAACACUUUGAAUGAACGACCCUCCUCAGAAUCCGAUGUCCCGGACAUUGGAGAGUACUACACUCGCGGUGAACCGAGAAGUGAACAAGACAGUAGGCAUUGUGCAUUCAUACCGUACUCAAUCAAGUCAGUGUAACUCCAGAAGGUUCAUUGCCAUCCUAGGACUCCACAUGACAGACCUGGGCUACAUCAGUUUGAAAAUCAAUUUAUCUUUUUUAAUAUGUGAAUGGAAUGUCAAUAAUGUCUUAAUAAGAAAACAAGGAAUAGGCGAAGUGAUUACAAGAAUUAACAGCAUUGAAAAUCCAACUGGAUAGUACUGCAAAUGGAUUCUAUAGAAACUAAGUUAACAAUGUGGAUAUAGAAUCGUUGAAUCACCGUGGCAAGUGAAUAGUGCCAUUUUAAGAAGAUUGGGGAAUGCUGCUGAAUGAAAUUCAAGAACUACUGCAAUGAAUAUUUGGUAUUCAUUAUCUCUGCUUCCUUAUCUCUUGGUGGGCUAUCCGUCAGCAUCCCCACUCCUAAGUGCUUUCCAGUGACCCCUGGUGAAAGUGCAGUAAGAAGAGAGGUUGGGAUAGAAUGGAAACAGAAGGCUGCUCAGGUAACAGCAGCAACCCCACUUUCCUUCGGAGUAGAGCUCUCUACUCCAGGCAGUACACAAAUGGUGGGUGAGUGAAGCGACUAUUUCAUGUUAAACACUUCAGCCUAUAUUGCUAAAGAAUUGUAUUCAUGUCUCCUUUAGGAAUCUGAUGGACUCGAAAGCAUCGGCACAAAUCAACAUGGACUGGGAAAGUAUGAGUCUGCUACUAAUACCUGACACAGCAGAUGGUCAAAGCUCUCACCAAACCAAUCAUCAACCGUGGGACAAAGGAGGAAUUCGCACAUCACAAAAUCUAAUCUCAGAGAUUAGUGAGUGUGGCAUAUGUUUUUACACGAAUUUACUUCUUGAUUCAGUCGUAUAGAAAAACUAAAAGAAGAGAUUGUCAAAACUAAGGGGUAGAUUUUAACAUUGGUGUUGUGCUUAAAACCGAGUGAUUAUGUCCCAAACUAACUUGUUGCCUGCCAGCACAGAAUGAUGGCUGACUGGUUAGCACUAUUGCUGCACAGUGUCAGGGACCUGGGUUCAAUUCUAGCCUUGGGCGACUGUCUGUGGGGUGUUUGCUCUUUCUCCCCAUAUCUGUGCGGGUUUCCAUU